GCGGUGGCGCCUGCGCGCUGCGCCCAGCGCCGCUUCCUGGUGGCGGCGGGGCCGGGCCGGGCCGGGCCGGGCCGGGGCGAUGGCGGCGCCGCGGCGGCCGGGGCCGGGGCCGGGGCCGGGGCUGGCGGCGGCGGUGCUGCUGCUGCUGCUGCUGUGGGCGCGGGCGGCGGCGGCGGGCGCGGAGGCGGCGGCGCAGCCGGCGGCGCUGGAGGAGGAGAUCGUGUCGGAGAAGGCGGCGGAGGAGAGCCACCGGCAGGACAGCGCCAACCUGCUCGUCUUCAUCCUGCUGCUCACCCUCACCAUCCUCACCAUCUGGCUCUUCAAGCACCGCCGCGCCCGCUUCCUGCACGAGACCGGGCUGGCCAUGAUCUACGGGGUCCUGGUCGGCGUGGUCCUCCGCUACGGCAUCCACGUGCCCAGUGACGUCAACAACGUGACGCUGAGCUGCCAGGUGCAGAGCAGCCCCGCCACGCUGCUGGUGAACGUCAGCGGCAAGUACUACGAGUACACCCUCAAGGGGGAAAUCAGCGCCCAGGAGCUCAACAACGUCCAGGACAACGAGAUGCUGAGGAAGGUGACUUUUGAUCCCGAGGUGUUUUUCAACAUUUUGCUUCCUCCGAUUAUAUUUUAUGCAGGCUACAGCUUAAAAAGGAGGCAUUUCUUCAGGAACUUGGGGUCGAUCCUGGCGUACGCUUUCCUUGGCACGGCCAUCUCCUGCCUGGUGAUCGGCUCCAUCAUGUACGGCUGCGUCGCCUUGAUGAAGGUCACGGGGCAGCUCGGCGGGGACUUCUACUUCACGGACUGCCUCCUGUUCGGUGCUAUCGUGUCAGCUACGGACCCAGUGACCGUUCUUGCCAUAUUCCACGAACUCCAGGUCGAUGUUGAGCUGUAUGCCCUUCUCUUUGGCGAAAGCGUCCUCAAUGAUGCCGUUGCCAUAGUGCUGUCUUCGUCGAUCGUUGCGUACCAGCCGGCGGGUGACAACAGCCACACGUUUGAUGUCACAGCGAUGUUCAAGUCUAUUGGGAUCUUCCUGGGGAUUUUCAGUGGGUCUUUUGCGAUGGGGGCGGCUACUGGAGUUGUGACAGCAUUAGUCACCAAGUUCACCAAACUCCGGGAGUUCCCGUUGCUGGAGACCGGCCUCUUCUUCCUGAUGUCCUGGAGCACGUUCCUGCUGGCCGAAGCCUGCGGCUUCACAGGUGUGGUGGCCGUGCUCUUCUGCGGGAUCACCCAGGCCCAUUACACCUAUAACAACUUAUCCACCGAGUCCCAGCACAGAACUAAGCAGUUGUUUGAGCUUCUGAACUUCUUGGCAGAAAACUUCAUCUUCUCUUACAUGGGACUUGCGCUGUUCACCUUCCAGAACCACGUCUUUAACCCUACCUUUGUGGUGGGCGCUUUCCUUGCCAUCUUCCUAGGAAGAGCUGCCAAUAUUUACCCAUUGUCAUUUUUACUGAAUCUGGGGAGAAGAAAUAAGAUCGGAACAAAUUUGCAGCAUAUGAUGAUGUUUGCCGGGCUGCGAGGAGCCAUGGCAUUCGCCUUGGCCAUCCGCGACACGGCCACCUACGCCCGGCAGAUGAUGUUCAGCACCACGCUCCUCAUCGUCUUCUUCACGGUGUGGGUCUUCGGCGGGGGCACCACGGCCAUGCUGUCCUGCCUCAACAUCCGGGUUGGUGUGGAUGCCGAUCAGGAAAACGUGGGCGUCCCGGAAAGCGAGCGGAGGAGUACGAAGGCAGAAAGCGCCUGGCUCUUCCGCAUGUGGUACAACUUCGACCACAACUAUCUGAAGCCCCUGCUGACGCACAGCGGUCCUCCGCUGACGACCACGCUCCCGGCGUGCUGCGGGCCUGUCGCCAGGUGCCUGACAAGUCCGCAGGCGUACGAAAAUCAGGAGCAGCUGAAGGACGACGACUCCGACCUCAUUUUGAACGACGGGGACAUCAGCCUGACCUACGGGGAUUCCACCGUGAACACCGAUUCAGUCGCGUCCAGUGGCACGUCGCGGCGCUUCGUAGGCAACAGCUCCGAGGAUGCGCUGGAUCGGGAGCUCGCUUUCGGGGACCAUGAACUCGUAAUCCGGGGAACGCGCCUGGUUCUUCCCAUGGAUGACUCGGAGCCGCCAUCAAACAUCCUGGAUAACGCAAGGCAUGGUCCAGCAUAAGGUUGCUCGGUUAAUUGACAGUAAUAUUUGCAUAUAUGAUCAAGAAAUAUGUACUACCUAAAGUCUAAUGCAUGUCUCAAAAUGUCUAAGCUGUAUAAAUAUUAUUUAUAUGGUGUCAGAAGAAUAUAAAUAUUCUCUGCCAAGCACUUGUAAAGAACAAGCUGCAAAUUUAAGUUAAAAACUGUGUUGACUGCACUGUGUAGGGUGGAACCGUUUUAGCAUAAGACUCUUUUGCGCACAGUGAGCUUCUUUUACGGUGUGACUCGAUGGAGGGUUUAGGUUCCAGCUGGUAAGUAAAGGAGCUGGCUCCCCGCUCGUCCCCUGUACCCAGGAGAGCGGGGUAGGCAAGCGGUGGCGAGCAAUGUCAGUCGCUUUCUAUUCAGAUGGGGAAUUUUGUCUCUGACCUUUGGAUAAUCGCAUUAAAACGUCAGUGAAAUGUCUGCCUGCAGCCCGUCUCGCUGGGCAGCGGCCAGCAAUAACCUUCUCCGCUUUGUGGGAACCUGAGCUGGGAUCCUCGUCCCGGUGGAGGGACGGGAAGGAACAGGGAAAGGGUUUCCUAUUGGAAGUGACCUGUCUCCUCUGCCCAAGCCUUCGGCAGGCUGACGGCAGACAUCAGCCAGAGCUGUCUGCAGCAAUCCUGGGUUUCUGGCCGCUCGGAUGGGGCCCUGAAGGAGCGGGAGGCCGUGCCUGUGCUCGUGCUGGGCGGAUGGAGGUGAUGCCGUCCGGGCUGCACGCAGGUGUCGUGGCCGCUCCCGCAGCUCUCCGGAAACGGCAAUCAAAAUCCUGAACUGGCACCUAAAUUUUGCAUUGGGAAGCGGCCACGUCUCCGCGCGAGCGGCUCUCUCCCGCUCGGGUCGGGGAGGUGGCCGAGGGGGCCGAGCGGGGCGGCAGCGCUGACCCACCGGCAGCACGAGCGCUCGGGCUCCGGCUUGAACCUCGUCCUCCAGGCGCGUCCCAGCACCAUGGUGGUACCCAAGGGGAGUUGUCCGUCUGUCCGUCCGUCCCCCUGUGUAGUCCAAACCAUUGCACUUUGUUUAACAGCUCCUUCGCGUUAGCAUGCCCUGUGUCUGUAAUCCUGCUCUCUCAUGUCGCUGACCAUUUACUGAGAAACGUUUGCGAGUUGACCUGUUUUUUGGGGCUUUGUUUGUUUUGCUGUUUUCCCAGGGAAGAGCACAGAACGGUUUGCAAUUCCACACUGGUGUUACAGGAUUUGCUCCAUAGUUAUGGAAAUGGCUAAAGGUGCAGUGAAACUGUUAACCCUGACACCUGCUUUUCCCCCGGAGAAGGGGAAACCAUAGGAAUUUACUGUAUGCGGUUUUAUUGCCUAUUUUCGCUGCAGUCCUGCUGUACGAAACUUUGUGCUGCCGGCUCCCGGGGUGCAGCCUCCGCAUCCCUCGGGAUGGGCCCGGCCCUCCGAGCGCUGGCCCCCGGCUGCUCGCCCCAGCACUGCCUGGGAGCUGGAGGGGCCAGGAAAUAUGGAAUUUUUGCGUGUGUGUUUAUGGUUGAGAAACUAAAUUUCAACUUUUGUUUUUCAUUUUCUCAGGUCUAAGUAACAUUGCCUUAAAUGUACUGAAGUGAAACUAAUUAUUUUGGCAGUUUCUCCCCAAGAAAGUACUUUCUUUUUCCUUCCGAGCAAGCUGUAGGUGUUGCCAUAGGGCUCCUCACGACGGGGUACACUCUCUGUAUUUAGGCAUAGGCUCUUCUCGCACCGAUAAAUGGCAGUUGUAGCUGUUAACGUAGCUGUUGGAUUAGCGCUAGCCUCUUCGUUUCCUGCUAUGCAGGAUCGCCAUAAAGCGUGUGUUUUAUAUGAUGUCUGUAACUUAACUUCAUGUGUUUAAAAAAGAAAAAAGGAAAAAAAAAAAGUUGGUACGUGUUGACUUUAGGUUUACUGCAUCACUUCUACAUCCCCCCACCCUUUUUUUUUUUGUUUCAGGUUUGCGUUUUUGAAGAGGUAUGAUAAAUAACUACCUCUUGUUUUUUCCUGUAUGGUCCGACUGUGAAUUCAAUUUACAAGAAGCCGGCGGUGGUGGAGCAGGGCAGCGCGGCUGCAGGCUCUGCUCCCGGCGCGAGCCCUCUCGUUGGGCCCUCGUUACCUCCGCUUUAAAAAUCAAACCCUUAAUAAUGCAUUUUUCUCUUUCUCUGACCCUCAGACUUUAAUAACUUACCCACCGUCUUUUCAGCUUACCGACAUGUUACUAUGAGCCUCAGCUUUUGAUGCCAGUGGCAGUUCAACUUCAUACUUAAAAAAAAAAAAUAAAGUUAGCAAAUGAUUUGAUGGGAUACCUGUGAACUUUGUCAUGUCUCACACACAAUAUAACCAGGACUAUUUUGCAUACUCCUGGUAAAUGAAUAAAUCUAAGCUGAAAUUCAGGAGUGGUUUAAUAAACAACUCGGAUUAACCCUCAGCUGCUCCUUUUCCUUACCGCACCGCGGCAGGGAAUAGGAGAGGGCCUGGUUUUCCGACGCCGAGCCUGGUUUUCCGACGCCGAGCCUGGAUGCUGUGCACCGCGGGCGAAACCGGGGGCCCUCGGCAGCGCGGGAACCCAGGCCUGCCGAUCCGGCUGGGCAGCCCCAAGCAGGCGGCUCCUAGCUCACCUGGAGCUGUAGCGAAGGUGCCCUUCUUCCUCUGUAAAUUGAAUUUCCAUGGUUCUUGCACACGAAAAAGCACUGUAGGUAACGUUAUGGUUUGUACUAGUAUUGUCAACUCGUGCGGUACCGGCAUUAACUGUAGUCGUGGUGUUCGUGCAGCUGAGCUGUGGUAGCCGAUGAUCCCUGUUGGACCUGCUGUUUACACUGACUGACUCCCUUCCUGUCGCGUUGUACUGUGAAAGAAGGAUUAUGGGCCUAUAAACGAUCUUUUUUUUCCUGGAA